GCUUGUCAAACUUCAGUUGAUUCUUGAUAGUUCGUUAUUUUUGUUAAUGUUAUUAUAUGCGGCACAAUUUUUUUAGUCUCACUGUUUUACAUACCUGUAAAAUAUAGUUAUUGAUUUGAUAUUUUAUAAUUAGUGCUAUGCUGAAUAUUGUUGUUAUUUCGUUAUUGUUGCAUUAUUGAGAAAGUUUGUGGUAGUUUUACUGAAUAUGGAAGAUCCAACUUAUUCAAGAAGUGGAACAAGAAACUUCGAUUUGAGUAUUUCUGAUACACUAGCAGACUUUGAGAGAUUACGUAUAUCAGCUCUAACAAAUGCAGCUGAAAUAAGCCCCUUCGUCAAUGAAGUCACUAUUGGACCUAGAAGCCCCUCGAAGAGUCGAAAAUCUGAAGCCACCCGUAUUACUGUCCCUAAACCUGAAGAUGUCAUAGAUCUAAUCGAGGAUAAAAUCAGUGAUGAUUUACGACAUACUUUAAUACUUAAAGAUUAUGAGUCCAGGCUACAAGAGAACUCUGAGGAAUGCUUUAAAAAUUUAGUUGAAAAAAUGAUUGCAUCUUAUGCAGAUACAUUGCAUGGCUAUUGGAAAAAACAACGUGAUGAAUGUAAACAAAAAUCUUUAGAGCUCAGAGCGAGAAAACUUCAACUGGCCAAAAAUAUACGAGAGAAUGAUAAUGUAACAGUACUUGAAAGAAUUAGGUUGGACGAGCAAAAAUGUCAGAUGAUUAACCAACAAACAAUCGAAAACAUGAACAAAAUACUUGAAGAACAAAAUAUAUCUACAGCCAGAUUUGCAUCUAUCAUAGAUAGUCACACCAAAAUAUGCAUAUGUUAUAAUGAAAUUACCAAUCUAACACAAUCAGAACCUUUAGUAAAAAUUAUUUUAGAUAAAUAUGUUUCAGAUCUAAGUACAAUAAUGGUAAAUAUUAAUGUAAUUAUGGACUUUUGUAAAUCUGGUUCCAUUUCUGAUAAUGUAGUGAAACAGGCUGAAUUAUUAUCUAUAGAGAUAGAAAACAUUAAAAUGAGAAUUGUUGAAGAUUUAAGCACUGCCAAGCAACAUGAAAUGUUAAGGAUACAGAAGGAAGAAGAAGGUGUCAAGCAAAGGGAGCUGAAAGUUAGACAAGCGCAAGAAGAAAAAGCUGCAGAACUUGUGCGUACCCAGGAAGGACUUGUUGAGCAAGCUAAAAGGGCCCAGUCCAUGUUCUACUCUGAUAAAAACUAUGCUUAUUAUAAACAGCUUCAAAAUUUCCUUGACACUUAUGAGCAGAGUUAUAAAGAUCUUGUAGAGAAUCCUAGCUUGAAAAAAUUUAGAUUUGAUUGUCAGAAAGCUAUAAAUACACCUGUGAAUGCUAUAUCGUCUGUUAGUGGUACACACAUAAGGGAUAAGUUUGACAAAUUGGCAAAACUCCUUCAAGGUGAGAAAGUAAAGGUAUUAGACUCAUUUGUCACUGCUACACAGCAUCCUCAAGGCCUCAAUUACUGUACUGCUCUACUUGCAAAAAAGAUUGUGAGACAAGGAGAUCUUUUAGUGUCUAGCAAUGCUGAAGCUGCAUUCCCCAUUGCAGCUGUUACUGUUGCUUUAUGGUCUCAGUUCCCAGAUUUUGGUAAACUUCUUGAAGCAUAUUUUCAUAGAUUUUGCCCAUAUUUAGUACCAAUGCUGCUUCCUCAGAAAGAAGGCCAGAGUGACAAAGAGUUUUAUAAUUCCAGAGGUUACACAUACAAUGAUGAGGGUGUUGUGGAAAAACAAGACAAGUUUUUAAAGAGAAUGUCAGGCAUAUUUCGAUUACACUGUGCCAUUUGGAUAGCAAGGACUCCAAGGUUUAUAAAUGCUUCUAACCCUCAUGGUUUUCGUUAUGCGUGGCAGUGGUUAGCUUCUUUCAUUAAUUUAAAACCUGAACCAGACAUAUCUGCCACAUUGAUACAUGAUUUUUUUACAGUAUGUGGGUCAGACUUUUUGAAAAACUACAAGAGACAAUGCAUUAAAAUAAUUAAGCUAUUGAGUACAGACUAUUUAAAAAUUUUGCAAAAUAUUGACGAAGGUGGUCCAAAAACCAGAUUUGAAGUUUUUCUGCAGAAUGUCUUAAAAACGGGUCAUAUUCCUCCACCAGACGGAUUAUUGCCACCAAAUAUUUGGUAAACUGACAUAUUAACUAUGCGGAUUUUUGUGUAUAAAAGCAAACAGUACUUUAAGAAUAAAAUGAAAUUAAAAUAAUAAUGAUUUUGAUUGAA